UUUCAGCUUUUAUAAAUCCAGCGUGAUAAAUGCAUCCAUUAUUUUACAUGGUAACUUAAAACAAUGCAAUUACUCACCUGUCAGCAGGUGAUGAGAUUCUUGACGAUCAGAUGGGAGAAAGAGUGCAAAAAGUGCAGGUCUUGCAAGAAACUCGUGCUGAAACAUCCCAUUCUGUCACCAUAGCAACCGUCUGCUUACUUCAGGUGUGACUGUAAGGAUUGCCUGAUUCAGAUAACGUUACAUGAGACCUAACCUAUGUGAUGUCACCACUCCGAAGUGUAUCAACUGCUUAUUUAACGCUCUGGACUCCAGCAGUCAGUGCAGUUUAAAUGGGAGGUGGACAGCACUGCAUCUACAGGCUUCAUUUAUUCAUUUACUUACUAAAUUUGCCUUUGAUAAUAUUUUUCCCCAAAGAGAAAUUCUUUCAAAUGUGGCAUCAUUCCAAAACAGCUCUGUACUAGCUAGCUACCUAGCCAGCCUUACCUAAGAACAACAGCAGGAUUUUCCAUGCCCAUCAAGACAUCGAAGAAGUGACACAGAGAAGAAAAACCAGAUCGACCAAUUGAUCUGGACGUUUGUCAUUUUGCAUGAGUCCGGAGGCGCCUGAUUCUGUCUAUAUCACCUCAGAUAUCUGGCAACCUGUCAGCUACAAACAUUACUGACUUUCGGAAACUUGAACUGAAUUCUUUCCAUCUCCAUCUUGCGAUGUAGCUUUACACUUCUGCCUUUGGAAAGGAGAUAUUUGACAUGUUAUCGAAAAGAAUCCCUUGGUUACUGGACACUGUCAGCAGCAUAUUAACCUGAUUGACUUAUUUGAUUCAAGGAAAGAGCUGUUGAGCUGUUCUCUCCAGCGACCAUUCCGAAUGUCAGAAACAGAGAGAAGACGUCCGAUUAUUGCCGGCCGCGAAAAAGGGCCCGGACCAGCUCGAUACGCCCUCCCAACGACUGUCGGCUUCAUCGGUCAUGACUUCACUAAACCAUCAAGUCCUGCCUAUUCCUUCCACAGCAGGAUGAGCAACAGCAUGUAUUUCAUUGACUCCAGUCCCGGCCCACAGUAUCAAGUUGAUGCAAAAACAACGCGCUUUGGCAGGGAGAGCGCACCUGCAUUCACCAUACUUGGCAGGCGGAGGACGAACGCUGGGACCUUCCAGACGCCAGGGCCGGGCACCUACAGUCCUGAGAGAGUGCCCCCUGUCAACAAUCACCGAAGGCCUCCAUCUUAUACCAUGGGGUCACGCACCCGUUACCGCUCCAUAGACAGUGUACCUGCGCCCAACCAGUACACACUUCCGGCACUCAUGGGCUCGCAGGUGCUCGACAAGCCAAGCAGUGCCAGAUACAGCGUUGCCGGACGCUGUAGGUCCGGGGGAGGGUCUGAAGACUUUGCUAGGACUCCAGGACCUGGCAGGUACAAUAGCACAGACCCCAGUGUGUACCUGCCGAGGCAGCCUGCUUACUCCAUGCUGGGCCGUCGCAGCAGCCCUGGCAGCACUGCCCAGAGACCUGGGCCUGGAACAUACAGUCCAGAAAGGGUUCUGGCACACAAGCCCCGCCCCCCUUCCUAUUCUUUAGGUAGGAGGCACUCGGAGUUUGUCACUCCCCUGGUUGUGGGUAUGCUGGACUGAGCACCUAUAUCCCAGCUACAACUUGCAUACAAAUGGACAAAUCUGGAUAAAAUGCAACUGCUAAACUGUA